GCGAGUUGACAUAGGGACAACAAUGACGGUAGAUGUGUGUUUUGCGUUGAUGUUCCUCAUUCGCUAUGCCUUUGGGGCCUGCAAUGAGAAGUAUCUUAUUAAGUCGGGCGAGGUAAUUGAAGUGACGUCACAAAAUUACCCUAAUCAUCUCCCGGAAAACUCACACUGUUUCUACGACAUGAGCACACAAUUUCACUCUGGUGACGUCAUUCACCUACACGUGGAAGACGUGACCUUGGACUGCAAUGACCAGAACACGACGCUGGACGUGUAUGAUGCUUUUAACCUAAGUCCCAGACACCUUGGUCGGAUCUGCUCAGGUAGCAGGUCGGUGUUCAUCAGCCCUAAGGAGAGAUUGUACCUCGUUUUCAAAUCGGGGUCAAGGUCAUCUAACUACAGGUUUAAGCUCAAAGCGGAAGGUGUGCCUGAUUUUCGACACUGCUACAAGGAGAGGGCAAAAGUGAUUCAAGUGUACAGCUCACAACAACAGAUUGUGUCCCCUUACUACCCACAGGAGGUGGCGCCUAACGUCCACUGCAGAUGGCUACUGAAGGCACCAGCUGACCAGAAGAUAACUCUACAGGUGUUUGAUGCCAACAUGAAAGGUUCCAGCGAUUGUGUCAACUUUGGGCUCUACAUUUUUGAUGGUAAGACGACCUAUGACGACGAGAUGCUAGGCCAGGUGUGUAGUGAUGACGACACCAACAAAUCUUUUGAGAGCUCCUCCAACUACCUGCUGGUCGUCUUCUCGUCUGGUUCCCACGUGCUCUUGUCUGGUGGUGGCGUCAGGCUAGGGUUCAAAUCCUCCCCAGCAGAUGACGAGCCGUCAGAAGUUGACACAAGACUUUUGUUUACAUUGAUUGGAAUUCUGAUGGUCAUUGUCAUUUUCACCAUCAUCAUGAUGAUUAUAAGGUUUUUGGUACUGCCAGCACGCAGAAAAGUGCUGAUGCGACAGUGCGAAGAAAAUCUCCGACGGUCAAUGCGGGAGCGGUCGCUCUCCGACCCACCCCCUCCCUACUCCGCACCGUACCGCACGACAACAGCUAAACGCAGCAGCUCCCUCACCACUCUUCUCGCCUCCCUCUUCAAAACCUCACGUCGACCUAACCAAUUCCUUCCUGCUCAGACUACCUGGCAAACACACUCAGGGCUAGAACUUCCUCAAGUUCAUAGUAACGGGAUAUCCGCUUACGGUACUGGUGUUAUCUUCCCAUUUAUUUCAAGGGACGCAAUUCUCGAUUCUUUGACUAACGAGUACCAGGAGUUGCCUAUCAUGAGAAGUAUUUCUCAAAACAGUGAUACGUGUUCGGGGCAUUAUGAUACGUUAUCCAGCGUGUAUCCAUACGUGGAUAGAGGGUAUGCAAAUAGUGCGUGUUUGGAUAGUGGAUACGUGGAUGGUGGAUAUGUGGAUUGUUUAACCGCGGAGGACGAGAGUAAUAUUGAUGUGGUUAGUGUAUUAGACAGCGAAGGUACGUCGAUACAAGAAACUAGCAGCAUUACGUUUAAUACAAACAGCAUCAAAACAGCAGAAACAACUGAAAACAGCAACAGCUGCGAGGAAAAGGAAGAGGAUAAUAAACAUAGACACGAUGAAACAGCUCCGGCCGCCGGAUCGGGGUCGACGGUGCAGGAGAGUAGAGUUUCCCUGGAUCUGGACGGGUACGUGAUACCCGUGUCUCACUAUGACGUCAUCGACGACGAGUCACGUGAUGAGCAGACCUACGAAAGGGUUCACUUCCAGACGGAAUACUUGUGAGGCAGUUCUCAGCUCAGGGCUAAUUCAAAACUCUGAGCUUAUACUCAGCUCAUUUAUGAUUCUCAGCUCAGAGCUAGUAUUCAGCUCAUACCUUAGUUUUAACCCAGAGCUUAGCCUAAGCUCAAAGCUAAUAUUCAGCUCAGGUUAGAUUAUCAGCCAAUACUCAGCACAAAGCCAGUACUUAGCUCAGAUAAAAUAUUCAGUUCAUAUAUGAUUCUCAGUUUAGGGCUGAUAGUUAUCUCAGAGCUAAUUCUAAGCUCCGAGCUAAUUCCCAGAUAAGUUCUGUUUACGAUAGCUUUACUGGCAUGUCAAAAGUUAGUACAGGCUGAUACAUAAGAAAUAUUUCGGUGUGUCAAAUGUUUACAUUGUUCUAGAAAAACACAACUUGUUUUUCGAAAACUACGGUCACACAGCAAGUUAGUACAGGCUGAUACAUAAGAAAUAUUUCGGUGUGUCAAAUGUUUACAUUGUCCUAGAAAAACACAACGGUCACACAGCAUAAUGUGUAAAAUGUAGUCGCUAAAUUAUUCAAACGGUUUAAAUUAAAAUAUAAAACUAUGAAGCAAUGCGGCGGUUCGUUUCAGUCGAUUAGAAUGUUAUCACUGCGGGUAAUGUGACGGGUGUUUAUUAUCACUCAACCCAUUUGCCUUAGGCAGGGGUGGUUAUAACUCCCCCCCCCCAUA